UAUCGAUUGGCAGGUUAAAAUUAUGAAUAUGCCAAAAUCUUGCGAAUUUAGACGUUUUUUGUACGUUUUUCACCCAACGUAGUAUCAUGACUGACGGAGAACAACUUGAGAUAUUCAGGAAGCAAUGGAGGAAGGAGCUGGAACCUGAUAAAACUAAGGAAAAGUCUUUCCAAAACAGUGAAAAUGGCCGAGCACCGACUUGCACGAACUUAGAAACGUGCAAGGACCAAUGCAAAAAUGAAAAAUACAGAAAUAAACAACAUAAAUUUUCAUCCAGAAUUGUUGACAGUAAUGAGAAAACAAAAUGCUGUGAAGGCAGUGCAAAUGAAAAUUAUAACAUGAAAAACUGUCGCGUCUCCCUAGUAAGAAAGAAUAAUAAAAGGUUAAAGCUUUCGAAGCUUGAAGAUAUAUUUGUUGAAAAGGCAUAUGGUGAAGUUCCAAAUGAAAGACUUCUGGACAAGCUUAUUUCAGAUAUAGAUGAAAUUACCGAGAUUCCAUUCUUUGACAUCAGCUUACCGAGAGAAGUUGCUGUCAAGAUCUUCCAAUACCUCAGUAUAAAGGAUUUAUGCAGCUGUGCUCAGGUGAGUAAGAGCUGGUGUAGCCUAGCUGAAGAUGAGUUAUUGUGGUGUAGACUGUGUCACAGACUUGGACACGAGAAAAUUUUCACGACACAAGAGAAGGAUAACUGGAAGCAGAUUGUCAGACAUAAUGUGGAGAGGCAGAGGACUCUAAUAUCAAACUGGAAGAAUAGGACCGGCAAAUUGCUGCCCCUGGAGUAUGUAAAGGGGAAGAUUCUUAGUGCUGUUCAUUCACAUGGUGAUAUCGUGGUUGCAGGGUACACAUCAGGUGAGGUAAAGCUUUGGAACCUGUCUGAUGGGGGUAGUUGCAUUUUUCAGCCCUCAUCUACCUCUUUAAUUCUUGAUGUCAAUGCAGAUGGACUUCAGCAGAACAUUGUCAACCAAGUUUAUACCUCGGAAGACAUUACUGUAGCUGCAUAUAGUCAGGGUAAUGUGGAUAUCUGGAGCUUGCACUUAGGUACCCAGCCGUUUCAGACAUAUACCCCAACAACUGGGAACCAGUAUAGCCCAAGUAUUUCUCUGUCUGCUGAUGGGACUGCUAUUGCUGCUUCUUAUGGCCCGUACAUUGAUGUUCUUCAUCGGGAGGAGAAGGAGGAAGAAUUUAACCUUAUGCAGCAUUUGGAUUGUGGCAACACAAUCAACAAUAUGAUGUUGUAUAAUGGAGACUGUGAUAUUCCUGCUGUGAUAUUCUCUAAAGCAUUCUCAGUACAUUUGUAUCAGCCGCAGUUACUGGGAACCAGUCAUGAUAGUCAUGUGACUGAAUGUAUGACUGAGAUACACAAUAUGAUUGGUGCUCCAGUGGAUAUUGUAGAUUAUAAAACUGACCAAUCAGUGCUAGGAGUUGCACUUGGUUCUUAUAGUGGAUUAAUGGAUGGCUACAAGGUGAAAGUGUAUGACAUUACGACAGCAAGACUGUUACAAACCUUAGAGGGUCACACUUGGAAGAUUACAUGUAUGAACCUUCAGGACAGCCCACCACAUCAGUUAGUUACUGGCUCAGGCGAUAGAAAGAUAAGGAUCUAUGACUUUAGAAGUAGCCAGCCGGAGCAGAUUUUGAUAGGAAACUCAUUUAGAGUAUCUUGCAUACAGAUGGACAAUUGGAAGGUUGUCUCAGGUUCAGAUGAUGGAUUCCUGCGUGUUUGGGACAGAAGAAUGAAAGCUAAACUCUGGGAACUACAUAACAGACACCCUGUUAGGUAUAGUCAUUUCAAUGACAAGACACUCAUUGUUGCCAAUAUUUCCUCCAAUAAGUUCCCAGAGGUGGAUGAUUUUGACAACAUGACGCAUCGGAGGUUCAGAGGCACAUUGAAUGUAUACAACUUCCUUGAAGAUCUCACUACCAAAGAUGUUCCGGAGAUUUGCUUAUCCUCCUAUGAUCAGCCGGAUGCUUCUAAAUACAACAUAUCCUUAGCAGUGCCUUAUGAUACCCUAAGUUACUGACAUAGUGACUUAAAAUACAUUUAUUGUGAAAUAGUGUGCUACUGCUCAAGGCUCAUGUCUUAAAAAUGGCUUUUGACGUGGUGUUUUUACAUGGGUAGACAACAUGUAUUUGACUUGAGUACAAUCAUUUAACUCUGUACAAGAAAUUCAGGCUUGUGUCUAGGUAGGUUGCAGAAAAACUUGCUAGACAGUGAUUGAGCAAGAAGACAAUGAAAACGUCCCCUAGACAGCUGGAUUUUACAAGCAGACUCUGGUGUCAUGGCUUUAUGGAAAGAAUUAUACAGCUGUGACUGCUGCUUCGGUGAAAGCUUUGUUCAAUUUUUUAUGACAAUGUACAUCGAAGGAAAGAAAAAUACCCUGAUACAGACUGGAAAACUCCUCACAUUGAUGGAUAUUCAAGAGAUGUUGGAUGGGAAGUCUAAGAAAGAAAGUUCAGGUCACUGGUAAAAUAUUGCAAAAUGGAAAAAUACCUUAUUUUACGUGUUCAGACAUAGUAGAAGCUGUUAUAUUUAAGGACAAAGUUUUCCCAUUUUCACAAGAAGUUCAUUAUGUUUGCAGUGAUAAUUUUUAUGUGUCACAUCUUUCAGCCAAGAUUUUUAUCCGUCACUUUGUGCUUUUUUUUAGCUCACCUGUAGGUGAGCUUUUGUGCUCACCCUUCGUCCGUCGUCAGUCGUCAGUCCAUCCGUUCGUGCAUCAACAAUUUCUUGUCUGCACGAUAGUAGUUUCAUUUAUGAUUUUAUUUUAACCAAACUUGCACACAACUUGUAUCACCAUAAGAUCUCGGUUCCUUUCUUGAACUGGCCAGAUUCCAAUAUGGGUUCCAGAGUUAUGGCCCCUUAAAAGGGCCAGAAUUAGCUAUUUUGACCUUGUCUGCACAAUAGCAGCUUCAUUUAUGAUUUUAUUAGCUCACCUGUCACAUAGUGACAAGGUGAGCUUUUAUGAUCACCCUUCAUCCGUCGUCCGCCGUCAGUCCGUCCGUCCGUGCGUCAACAAUUUCUUGUCUGCACGAUAGUGGUUUCAUUUAUGAUUUUAUUUUAACCAAACUUGCACACAACUUGUAUCACCAUAAGAUCUCGGUUCCUUUCUUGAACUGGCCAGAUCCCAUUAUGGGUUCCAGAGUUAUGGCCCCUGAAAGGGCCAAAAUCAGCUAUUUUGACCUUGUCUGCACAAUAGCAGCUUUAUUUAUAAAUUGAUUUUUACAAAACUGGCACACAAUUUGUAUCACCAUAAGAUCUUGAUUGCUUUCUUGAACUGGCCAGAUUCCUAUAUGGGUUCCAGAGUUAUGGCCCCUUGAAAGGGCCGGAAUUAGCUAUUUUGACCUUGUCUGCACAAUAGCAGCUUCAUUUAUGAUUUUAUUUUAACCAAACUUGCACACAACUUGUAUCACCAUAAGAUCUUGGUUCCUUUCUUCAACUGGCGAAAUUCCAUUAUGGGUUUCAGAGUUAUGGCCCCUGAAAGGGCCAGAAUUAGCUAUUUUGACCUUGUCUGCACAAUAGCAGCUUCAUUUAUGAUUUGAAUUUAAUCAAACUUGCACAAAACUUGUCACCAUAAGAUCUUGGUUCCUUUUUUAAACCGGCAAGAUCCCUUAAUGGGUUCCAGAGUUAUGGCCCCUGAAAGGGCCAAAAUUAGCUAUUUUGACCUUGUCUGCACAAUAGCAGCUUCAUUUUUGAUUUGAUUUUAACCAAACUUGCACACAACUUGUAUUACCAAAAGAUCUUGGUUCCUUUCUUGAACUGGCCAGAUUCCAUCAUGGGUUCGCAAGUUAUGGCACCUUAAAGGUCCAAAAUUGGCUAUUUCGGCUUUUGCAGCCAUAUACAAACUUCCAAAAUAUCUUAACAACAAUAAAUCUUGGAUUCCAUGACAAAUCAGAUCCAAUCGUAGGUUCCAGAGUUAUUUUAUAUCUGAUUACCUCCCCUGAUUGUUAUCAAAAUGGAUUUAUAUCAGUAAGUACUUAUAGGACUUAUUUGAAAUUUAAUUAUUGUCUUUAGUUGGACUGAGCCAAUCAGGGUAGAUAACUAUGGACUGAUUUUAUUGCAAAUUACCUCCCUUUAUUUCAAAUUAAAAUGGGUAUAUCUCCAUAACUAAUGAAGAUACUGAUCUGAAAUUUCAUUUAUGUCAACAGAUUUAUUGGGCAGAUCCUUCUUUUGUUCACUUACAAUCAUUUUUUUUUAAUUACUUCCCUUUUACAUUACUAUAAAUAGUUUAUUUUUAGUAACUUUUUUAUUAUGGGCCGUAGGGAAAAACCGAGACCACUUUUCUGUGGUACAACAUGGAUGUUACCUCCAAUUUUUAGGUGUAUUUUGACAUAUCUGUACCUUGUAAGAAUUUUUUUUUCUUUUUGGUUAAAUUUCUUCCCUUUGUUGUUCCUGUCCUUUGGACUUAGAUAUUUUUUCUGAGGACCUUCUUGUCCUCAAGUGCAAUGAUAACAGGUGAGCGAUAUAGGGCUAUCAUGGCCCUCUUGUUUACAUUGCAGCUUUUCCUAUUUUUUUUCUGACAUUCUUGUUGACUUUCUUAGGAAGAAAGUUUUCAAGUUUCCAAUUUUUGUUUGCUUCCUAUCCUUGAUGUCUUCAAAGAAAUUAGGAUGUCACUUGUUGAUUGUGAAAGACUGCUGUUGAUACAGCCCCUCUGACCAAAUUAAACUUGCAGGAAAACUUUGUCCUUAUCUAAAAGUAUCAAAAUGUGUCAUUUUUAGCUCACCUGUCACAUAGUGACAAGGUGAGCUUUUGUGAUCACCCUUUGUCCAUCGUCCGUUGUCAGUCCGUCCGUGCAUCUCGUGCGUCAACAAUUUCUUGUCUACACGAUAGUGGUUUCAUUUAUGAUUUUAUUUUAACCAAACUUGCACACAACUUGUAUCACCAUAAGAUCUCGAUUCCUUUCUUGAACUGGCCAGAUCCCAUUACAGGUUCCAGAGUAAUGGCCCCUGAAAGGGCCAAAAUUAGCUAUUUUGACCUUGUCUGCACAAUAGCAGCUUUUUUUAUAAUUUUAUUUUAACCAAACUGGCACACAACUUGUAUCACCAUAAGAUCUUGGUUCCUUUCUUGAACUGGUCAGAUUCCAUUAUGGGUUCCAGAGUUAUGGCCCCUGAAAGGGCCAGAAUUAGCUAUUUUGACCUUGUCUGCACAAUAGCAGCUUCAUUUAUGAUUUUAUUUUAACCAAACUUGCACACAACUUGUAUCACCAUAUGAUCUUGGUUCCUUUCUUGAACUGGCCAGAUUCCAUUAUGGGUUCCAGAGUGAUGGCCCUUGAAAGGGCCAAAAUUAGCUGUUUUGACCUUGUCUGCACAAUAGCAGCUUCAUUUAUGAUUUGAAUUUAAUCAAACUUGCACAAAACUUGUGUCACCAUAAGAUCUCGGUUCCUUUCUUGAACCAGCCAGAUCCCAUAAUUGAAUUCAGAGUUAUGGCCCCUGAAAGGGCCAAAAUUAGCUAUUUUGACCUUGUUUGCACAAUAGCAGCUUCAUUUAUGAUUUGAUUUUAACCAAACUUGCAUAAAACUUGUAUCACCACAAGAUCUUGGUUCCUUUCUUGAACUGGCCAGAUUCCAUCAUGGGUUUGCGAGUUAUGGCCCCUUAAAGGUCCAAAAUUGGCUAUUUCGGCUUUUGCAGCCAUAUAGCCUUCAUUUAUGGUUUUAUUUGAUACAAACUUCCAAAAUAUCUGCAGCCACAAUAAAUCUUGGAUUCCAUGACAAAUCAGAUCCAUUCGUAGGUUCCAGAGUUAUUUUAUAUAUGAUUACCUCCCCUGAUUGUAAUCAAAAUGGAUUUAUAUCAGUAAGUACUUAUAGGACUUAUUUGAAAUUUUAUUAUUGUCAGUAGUUGGACUGAGCCAAUGAGGGUAGAUAACUAUGGACUGACUUUGUGUCAAAUUACCUCCCUUUAUUUCAAAUUAAAAUGGGUAUAUCUCCAUAACUAAUGAAGAUACUGAUCUGAAAUUUCAUUUAUGUCAACAGAUUUAUUUGGCAGAUCCUUCUUUUGUUAACUUACAAUCAUUUUUUUUUAAUUACUUCCCUUUUAUGUUACUAUAAAAAGCUUGGUUUUAGAACCUUUUUAUUAUUGGCCGUACGGAAAAAUCGAGACCACUUUUCUGUGGUACAACAUGGAUGGUACCUCCAAUUUUUAGGUGUAUUUUGACAUAUCUGUACCUUAUAAGAAUUUUUUUUUCCUUUUGGUUUAAUUUCUUCCCUUUGUUGUUCCUGUCCUUUGGAUAUUUUUUCGUAGGAACUUCUUGUCCUCAAGUGCAAUGAUAACAGGUGAGCGAUAUAGGGCCAUCAUGGCCCUCUUGUUCUAAUAUAGUAUAUGAUUUAGCUAACACUUCCAUCUUACCUUAUUAUAAAGCAACUAUUGCCUUUCAUCCGAUUAGUCACAAAAAGGACUUUUUACUGACAAAGAACUGAAAGUGAUAUAUGCAUAUAGUUUCUGCAACGUUUUUUCUUGGUGCAAAACCUUUUAUAAUCAUUGGUACCUUAUUUGGAACUAAGGACAAGUAGCACCUUCCAAGCUGUAUUAAUCAAUGAAUCAUACAAUCAAUCAGUGAACGGGGGAGGGGUAGAUCAAAACCAAAUAAAAAAUACUAAAACACACAUACAUUAAUAUGUUUGAGAGAGUAAAUACAACAGUAAAUACAAUGGGUAAUAAAAUAAAAAGGUAAAUAGUACAUUAAUGCACAACUUGAAUUUCACGAAGUGCUCAAGGUGAGCUUUUGUGAUCGCCCUGUGUCCGUCGUCAACAAUUUGACUGUUAACACUCUAGAGGUCACAAUUUUGGUCCAAUCUUAAUGAAACUUCGUCAGAAUGUUGCCCUCAAUAAAAUCUUGGACGAGCUUGAUAUUGGUUCAUCUGGGGUCAAAAACUAGGUCACCAGGUCAAAUCAAAGGAAAAGCUAGUUAACACUCUAGAGGUCACAUUUAUGACCAUAUCUUAAUGAAACUUGGUCAGAAUGUUAAUCUUGAUGAAUUUUAGGUCAAGUUCAAAUCUGGGUCAGAUGGGGUCAAAAACUAGGUCACUUGGUCAAAUCAAAGGAAAAGCUUGUUAACACUCUAGAGGCCACAUUUAUGACUUUAUUUUCAUAAAUCUUAGUCAGAAUGUUAAUCUUGAUGAUCUUUAGGUCAAGUUUGAAUCUAGGUCAAAUCUGGCCAAAAAGUAGGGCACCAGGUCAAAUUAAAGGAAAAACAAGUUAACACUGUAUAAGCCACAUUUAUGACCGUAUCUUAAUGAAACUUGGUCAGAAUGUUAAUGUUGAUGAUCUUUAGGUCAUGUUUAAAUCUAGGUCAGGUGGGGUCAAAAACUAGGUCACCAGGUCAAAUCAAAGAAAAAGUUUGUUAACACUCUGGAAGCCACAUUAAAGACUAUAUCUUCAUGAAACUUGGUCAGAAUGUCAACCUUGAUAAUUUUAAGGUCAAGUUUGAAUCUGGGUCAUGUGGGGUCAAAAACUAGGUCACCGGGUCAAAGGAAAAGCUAGUUAACACUCUAGAGGCCACAUUUAUGACCAUAUCUUAAUGAAACUUUGUCAGAAUGUUAAUCUUGAUGAUCUUUAGGUCAAUAGGUCAGGUGAGCGAUACAGGGCCUUCAUGGCCCUCUUGUUUACAUACUUCUCCGCAAGCUCUUCCAUUCGCUGAAGCUAAUUCCCUCACAUGCCUCAGUGAAAAAAAAAGUGGCAGUUCUUCCCAGUGAGGGGGGUCUUCUUACAUGCAAACAUUCAGGAGCAUGUGCUCCUUUAGAUAGGGAUGGUUUAUUUUGCAUCCCUCACAGAAUGUUUUUUUUGGAAACUUUGUAGUAGUUCGAUAUCUUUUCCAAUAAGCACAUACCUGCUUUUUAGCUCACCUGAGCACGAAGUGCUCAAAGGUGAGCUUUUGUGAUUGCCCUGUGUCCGUCGUCCGUCUGUCGUCGUCAACAAUUUGACUGUUAACAUUCUUGAGGUCACAAUUUUGGCCCAGUCUUAAUGAAACCUCGUCAGAAUGUUACCCUCAAUAAAAUACCUGACGAGUUCGAUAUUGGGUUCUUUGGGGUCAAAAACUAGGUCACCAGGUGCAAAGUGGUUUGCACACUGGCCUUCCAAUCCUGAGGUCGGGGGUUUGAUCCCCGGCAGCUACUUGGGAAUUUUCAGAAACGCUUUUCAGUGUUUCCCACCCAACUAGAGGUGUACUGGUCAGGAACCCAGGCAAUCCUUGCGUGUAUCAGUGCUAUACACUGGGCACGUUAAAGAACCAGGCUGUCUAUUCGCAACGAGCUAGGCUAAGUUAGCCGGACAAGCCUGUAUCUGAUUUCUGAUCUCUCUGUCGUGGGGGCUUUGUCUCACUCUGUCCCUCUGGUCAGAUCGCUCUGUGUCUGUACUAGUAGAGGAUGAAUUAUGCGCCCUUUGUGGCUGCAUUUGAACUAUGUAAAGCGCCUUUGAACGUGAAAUUGAUCAUGAAAAGGGCGCUGUAUAAAUCUGGUAUAAUAAUAAUAAUAACGAAUCAAAGGAAAAGCUUGUUCACACUCUUAAAGAUUUGGUCAGAAUGUUACCCUCAAUAAAGUCUUGGACGAGUUUGAUAUUGGGUCAUCUGGGAUCAAAAAGUAGGUCACAAGGUCAAGUCAAAGGAAAAGGUUGUUUACUCUCUAGAGGUCACAAUUUUAGCCGAAACUUUAUGAAACUUGGUUACCCUUAAAGUCUAGGACGAAUUUGAUAUUGGUUCAUCUGGAAUCAAAAACUAGGUCAGCAGGUCAGAUCAAAGGAAAAGCUUGUUAACAUUCCAGAGGUCACAAUUUUGGUCCAAUCUUAAUGAAACUUGGUCAGAAUGUUACUCUCAAUAAAAUCUUGGACGGGUUCCAUAUUAAGGUUAUCUUGGGUCAAAAACUAGGUCACCAGGUCAAAUCAAAGGAAAAACUUGUUAACAUUCUAGAAGUCACAAUUUUGACCCAAUCUUAAUGAAACUUGGUCAGAAUGUUACAUUCAAUAAAAUCGUGGACGAAAUCGAUAUUGGGUCAUUGGGGUCAAAAACUAAGUCACAAGGUCAGAUCAAAGGAAAAGCUUGUUAACACUGUAGAGGCCACAUUUAUGACUAUAUCUUAAUGAAGGUUAGUCAGAAUGUUAAUCUUGAUGAUCUUUAGGUCAGUAGGUCAGGUGAGCGGUACAGGGCCUUCAUGGCCGUCUUGUUUGAUAACCUCGGAAGCCUCUUUUACAGGUUUUCAAUUCUGUUGGCGAUUUUGUCAACAACAGACUUAAGUGCCUUCACAUAGGUGGCAUUGAUACUGACUCGGUUCUGGUUGAAAUAGUUGCCCCGUCUGAAAAAAAGAACAUACUUUCAUUUUCAAACUGAAUUAAAAAAAAAAUGUCGAAAGUUGAGUAAAAGAAUGUACGUCAGUAUUUCCCGUAAUUAAAGUUCUUUGGUCUUUUAUUCCACUUCCUCGAAACCAGCAUCACUGUUCUGCAUUGGUGUAUAUGAGUUUGAGUCAAUGGACUGGAACAGUUCCUACCCUAGAUCGUUGUAUUUCCAGAUCGAUGGAGCAGGUACGGAAAUGUCGUUUUAGUAUGACCAAGGUUGUAUAUUGCCGCCAUCAGAGAAUAUUGCCGCCAUCAGAGACAUAUGUCAUACAUGCUAGCGAGGUGACAUGUAUGACAACGAUAUAGUAUCAUGGCUGGCAUGCAAGGCACAUCCUCCUUUAUGGUGUCUGGAAUAUCUUUUCUGUUUAUAAACUGGCGGAUAUCGCUGUGCAAACUGUAACACAUGAAAACCAACAUCACUUCUUUCUGUGAUUUGUUCAGUAAUGUUUUUGAGUACCACUCUCACUUGUUCACAUCUUUGUGUCGAUGGGCUGUAAAGCAGAACUCAGAGUAUCCGUUGAUCAUGAGAUAACUUUCCGUUGUGUUUGUUUUUGAAUUAAUAAGGAAUUGGGAAUAUAACCCAUUGUUUUUCCUCAAAGUAAUUUUCCUUUGAUCGGGUCAACUACAUGUCACGCGAUGGUGCAUGUAUACAUGUUUGACCGGUUAAGGUAUUUCAUGUAUAAACUAAAUUGUACAAAAUAAUACAUGGAAGUUGGAAGGCUAGUUACCAUAGCGAUUAGGGCUAACCACUUUAGUAUAGCACUCGCCUCUUUCUAGAGAAAGGAUUAAAUCAUAUUUACUUGAUUUAAUACUUUUAACUUAAAUUGCGGAGAACAAUAAAAAUCAGAUCAAAAAUUUAAAUGCUAAAACAAUAACAACAAAAAUAAACAAACAGUAAACAUAAAAGAAUUUUCCUUAAGUCAUGAACACAUGUUGGUCUAAGGAAAUCUUAACACUCAGUGCGCAUAUUGCAAUUAAAGCGGAAAGAGAAUAUUUAACAGUACUUUUCGACAAAGUUUUGCCGGGGGUUGAUUAUCAAGAUUGAAAUAUGCUUAAAUAUCUAUGCUAAUAAAUAAUACUGUUAAGCUUACAAAAAAUGAGAGUAUUUGAAUAAAAGUACAAUCCGCG